AUGUCUCGAUUCCACCAACGCGGACGUCCAGACUCGGUCGCUCCAUGGGCUUCGAGCUCGUAUAGCGAGAGUGACGGUGAAGAUCAUUCUAGUGAAGCUGCACUUACGCCACCGAGCUCCGAUGAGCACUCAUUGCCCUCAAAGAUCGGUCGUCGCACUGUCGGCCAGAUCGUUGAAGCGAUCAACCUGUGCAUUACAUCCUUGGAAGCAUUCACUCACGAUGACCCAGCCUAUGUUCAACUCAAUGAGCUCCUCGGUCUCCUCAAUAAUGAGUACAUGGAAUCUGUGCACAAGGGCGACCACGAAUCUGCCCGGAGUCACGGCCUCGUGGGUGACUUUCUUCAAGAGUGGUUCGAUCACGACCAACAGGACCACGGUGAACACUAUGACGGAUCUCCAGAAGCCAGCGACAAAACUCGCAGGAUCAUGAGGUCUUGCGCGCCCACCGGAAGCAUUGGUGGAUCUUUCGUCAGUAUUGCCUCGGAACUGGGCAAUAUCCGCUCCCCAGCUAAGAAACUCAACCAGGACGUAGGAGACAUGUACGGUCAACACUCGGAGUCCCAUGUGCCUCGCCUUCGUAACUCCGAGACUCAGUCUUCACCCUACACAGAUGAUGUUGUCCCUCUCCUGGUGGGAGACCACAUCGCCCCCUCUACUGAACAGGAUCGCGGUCAGGGCGCAGAGGGAUUUGAGAAGAAGUGGAGCACUGUGAAAGCCAAUACUGCAGACACGAAGUCAAAUACUGCAAAUACAGUCCGCUCUCCUCUCCGAAUGGAGGAACGAGACUCUUACUGGCAUUUGUUCAAUGCUUACGCUGUGGAAGAGGCGAAAGAUCGAGAGGCAGAACAGCGAGUUUCUCCUAAGCUCAAGAGUUUCGACGAGGUUCACCGCCAGCUGCGUGAUCAGGACAUGCUACCGCCCUACAAGUAUGUCGCCGCUGCAUCACCAGCUGAUAACGCAACCGAUAACAAGAAGCCGGCUGCUACUAAACUGUAUCGUAAUCAAGAACGCCUUGGUAUGGUUCAUGACAAUCUCAGCAAAUCCGACCCUAAGAUCGUUCCCGUUAUCGCUAAGUCAGGCCAUCCUGCGAAAGCAUCCGAUGUCAAGACGGCCACUAGCUUUGCAUCUCCCCACAAUCCUACCGCACCGGAUGAUUCUAUGGUCGAUGAGUUUCUGGAGGUCGCCAACAACAGCUUCACCCGCGAAGAAGCAUUUGAGAUUCUCCGCAUGUGUGGCGCGAAUUUGGUUGCGGCUGUCUCCGUGUACCGUAACGCCAUGGGUUCUGAACAUCUUCGACAGAUGCUGAGGGCUUGGCUCGCCCCGCUUGAGAACGCUGAAUUCAGAACAGCGGCUCGGUUUUAUACGGAGAACGUCGAUAAUCAAGGAAAGCCAUGGGGUGUUUCGUCGGAGAAAGAAGUUGGCAUCGAGGGAGAUGAAAGCCAGCCUACUCCGUCACUUAUGAACGUGAGGGAGGCAUUUGCGUUCCUUGGUCUGGAAGCCUACAACUCUGUUGACUUUGACCUUUUACAGAAGAUGUUCGAACAUUAUCUUCCCUGGGUGGAAGGCAUCCCCGAAGAACGACAGCAGCUUCAACAGGCUUACGACACCGUUUUCCAGCACCAAAACGACAACGAUUGCUGGAAGCUGUGUCCUGUUCCGCGGACUAAGGUGAUGGACGAAGAGCUCAUGAAAUGGAAGAAUGAAGACGCAAAGAUUGAUUGGGUUGCCAUCGCCGACGCACUGGGCCUGACAGUUCCACAGUGUAGGGUCCGCUUCAAGGCCCUUAAGCCAGCGAAAUCAAGUUCCAGCGAACCAAAGGAGCGCAAGGUCAAAGAACAACAUCAGAAGGAAACAGUCAAGGCAACCUCCGUCCGCAUAGCCACACCCGAGCUUGGAGUAUGGGGUACUUGCUGCGCGGGAAACGAGAGCCCAGUUGAUCAUCAUUACUGUCAGAAGUGUGGUAUGGAGUACUGCGAUGAUUUCGGCCACGAAUGUGAGGCAGACCGAGCCGCAUUUGGUGGCGACCAUCCUGCAUGGGGUUCCGUUGCUACACCCACCGACACUCCAAAGCCUAAACCCCCCGUUCCUACUGCCUAUACCGUUACCUACUGGGCCACCAUCGAAUCGGGUGAUGAGAGGGUUCAUAUUCCCGUCGACAGCAGCAACGUCUCUGGUCUCGAGAAGUCCAUCAUCGAAGACAGUGCUGGGAUGAAGAAGGUGUGGAAGUGGAUUCAGGAGAAGAGUCUCAGUGAUAAGGUCGGCCUGCAAGACGCUUUCGAUCUGGCCAAAGACAUGCACGGCAAAGACGAAGACAAGGAGCCGGUUAUUGAAAAGCCCAUGCCUGCCGAAUAUACCUCACGUGCUUGCAGUCGUAGCUCAGUUCGAGAGUGGGGCGUUCCAGAGACAUUUCAGCCUGGUUUCGUCUAG